CUCUUUUGACAUUUAUAUUUGCCGGAAGUUACUUCGACGACAAUAUAAAAAACAGCUUAAAACGAGGAAGAUAAAUGGUGGAAGUGGAAAUCCACCUAUAACUUUUAAUAACUGUAAUAAUAUUAAUACCAACUAUUAAUUUUCAGUGAUUUUAGUUGUGAAUUUGAAAUUGUAAUUGAUUUAGUUAAAUUAAAAAAUAUUUUAACUAGUAUUUCGAUUAACGACUAUAUGUUUUAUGACUUUCAUUUGAACCAUUAUUAUGAGGUGCAAAAAAUGCUUUGGUGCGUUUAGUUUUAGUAUUUUUCCUAUAAUUAUCAACAAAUAAUUUUUCAAGGGAAUAUCUUUGGUCAUAAAAUUUAAAAAACCCGCCGUUGAUCCAAGAACGUUCGCCAUCUAUGACCUUGUAGAUGUUUUAAUGUCAACAUAUUGACAAGUAACAAAUUUAAACAAAAUAUGAAAUACAUUUUAUUUGCAAGAAAAUUAAAUUAAAAUAUAUUUAUAUAUUAUAAUGGAACGAAUUGAUUCAAAACGUAAAAUAUGUCGCCUAUGUUUAUCGGAAACUAUUGUGUAUUAUUCAUUACUUGAUGAAGAUAAAGCGAUUUACUUGGAAGCUCUUACUUCAAUAAAGAUAGAUGAAGAUGAACCAUUCUCGACAAAUGCUUGCGUCCAAUGUUGCCUUAGUUUGAAAUAUGCAUUCCAAAUUCAACAAAACAUUCUGGAAGUAGAUAGAAAGCUGCGUACAGUUGAUGAAUUAGAAUUAGAAGAGGAAUCUGCAGAAACAGCCCAGGAAGAAAUUAAAAGUGUUGAAGAUAAUGCCGAAGAAGAACCAAAACAUACUCUUGACCAUGAUUAUGAAGGUCAUUCCAUCAACAUAUUUGUGGAUGAUGAUGAAAAUUAUGUCGAAUAUGAGCAGGUAAAAAUUGAACCCUAUUCAGAGGAAAACUCUUUAGAUGAAGUUACAGUACAAUCAGCGUCAGAUGAGUUGAUUACAGAACAAAAUUUCGUUAUCCCAGAACUUAACCGUGUCGGUUACAAUAAAGUACCUUGUAAAAUAUGUGGCUUAGAAGUUGUAGAAAAAGAAUUAUUGCAACAUACCCAAUUCCAUUAUUUCUCUACUGUGAAAUGUGAUGAAUGCAAUUUGUCUUGUGAUAAUAUACAUUCAUAUAGAAAACAUCUUGCUGAAGAACACAAAGACUAUCCUUCUAAUAAAAGCUGGAGCUGCAAAAAUUGUAACACUUCUUUUUUAUAUAAACCAUUAUAUAUCAUUCAUUUUAAAAGCGCUCAUCCACCUAAAGCACCUGAAGAACAAGAACCUGGUACUUAUCAAUGUUUUUAUUGCAAAAAAAAAUUCUAUAGCGAAAGGCGAAGGGACACUCAUGCUGCCACUCAUAAGAAAAAACAAUGCGACAUUUGUAGUGUUUACAUUACUCCUUCCAACUUUCCUGCCCACAGAAGAUCUCAUUUUGAAGAUGAAGUAGAAUGUCCGAUAUGUAGUAGAAAAUACAAGAAUACAAUAUCACUGAAAGGUCACAUCCAUUAUACUCAUUCUACAAGAAGUUAUUUAUGUGAAUUUUGCGAUAAAUCAUUCAAGAAAUCUUAUGCUUUGUUGUUGCAUAUUAAGAGAGAGCAUACUGGAGAGAGAUCUCAUGUAUGCGACUUGUGCGGAAAAAGUUUUCUAACGUUCUACAAUCUUAGUAAACAUAAGAAGAUGACCCACCAAAAAUUGAGACCUUUCAAAUGUAAUUAUUGCCAUAAGAAAUUUUCCUCUAAAUUUGCCGUCCGGACUCACGAGCGUCAACACACUCUCGAUGCUCCAUUUCAAUGCGACAUAUGCGGUCAAAGUUUUCGUCAGAAGGUAUCACUCAAAGGACACCGAAAAUCAAUUCACAAUAUCGAAGAACCCCUUACGUGCGCUUGUGAAGUGUGCGGUAAAAAAUUUAGUAAUAAGUUUGCCGUUAUGAGUCAUAUGAGAUUGCAUUGAGUUUGUUUAUAUUUAUUCAUUUCAAUUUGUGAUAAAAAAAUGUUUCGUUAAAUAAAAUUGUUUUUUACAAA